UGAAUUUUUUUAUGCUAUGGCUUCGCCCCGAAAUUGAUAAAUAUUUCGCCAAUAGCACUUCAGCUAGCUUAAUUGAAUAUUUUAGAUAGGUAGACACUGGACACGGGACAGUAGACACUGCGUCAAGUUAUGACAUUGACACAGAGUUGUGUAAAUAUUUAUUACUAAUUUAAAGCUUGCACUUUUAUUAUAUUCAACAUAAAAUGUAAAAGAAUAAUCAAUUUUUGUAAAGCGCUUGAAGUUUUAAGGUUUUGAUUAUGAGCAGUAUUUUAUCCAGAGCAAUUCAUCGCAUACAAGACAAAAAUUGGCAAAUAAAAAUGACUUUACGCCAGUCCAGUGACAUGAGAAAGUUUAAAGAAUGUCUAAAGACGGCUAAGGAGAUCGUUAUUCUAUCGGGAGCCGGUAUUAGUGCAGAAUCGGGAAUACCUACUUUCAGAGGUGCAGGCGGCUACUGGAGGAAAUAUCAAGCAGCUUCAUUGGCUUCACCAGAAGCAUUUCGAAAUAAUCCUAGUUUGGUCUGGGAAUUCUAUCAUUACAGACGGGAAGUUGCUGCGAAAGCGGAACCGAAUGCCGGACAUAAGGCUGUAGCAAACUUUGAAGCCAAAACUUCUUCAUCAAAGAAAGUAACUGUGAUAACGCAAAACGUAGACGGGUUGCAUGCUAGAGCUGGGACAAAAAGUUUAAUCGAACUCCACGGAAAUUUAUUUAAAACUCGCUGCACAAAGUGUAAAGAAGUUUUAGUCAAUACCGACACACCUAUAUGGGAGGCUUUAGCUAAUAGAGGUGCCCCCGAUUCAACUGUUGUUGGUUCUGAUAUACCAAUUAAAUCAUUACCACAUUGCAAAAAAGGUACAUGUGGUGGGUUACUGAGACCACAUAUUGUCUGGUUCGGUGAAAGUCUAGACCCAGAUGUUUUAAACAAAGCAGAAGCGGCAAUGUCAACCUGUGAUAUUUGUUUGGUAGUUGGUACAUCUUCAGUUGUUUAUCCCGCUGCAAUGUUUGCGCCUCAAGCAGCUCAGAGAGGGGCGAUAGUGGCUGAAUUUAAUUUAGAACCCACUCCCACUACAUCUGAGUUUCAUUACUACUUUGAAGGUCCAUGUGGAAAAACUCUGCCUGUAGCACUUAAUAUAUAAGCGAAAUAUUGUUGAAAAUUAAAAUUUGUAUAAAUGUAUUAAUAAAAAUAGACGAAUAUAAGAAAUUAAUUUAUUAUCACAUAACAAUAAAGCGUGUUUUUAUAUGCAAUAGAAAUGUAUCAUUUGUUAUCAUUAUUUUUCUUCUUGUGUCUAGCAAAGAACUUCGCUAUACUGCCCAUUGCUUGUCCGAAUACGCAAUUCGAAAUUAAAGAUUUCUGAAAAUAAAUUUUGAAUUAUGCCAACCUUUCAACUGAUAUCUGUUAAGAAUACAAGUGGUGUAACGUUUUUACGGAUUAUAAGCAUUUGUUGUUGAACUUCAUACUAAAAAAAAAAAUUUUUUGUGUAUUAUGAAAAAGUUUUGUUUACCUGAACAAAGGAUGGCAAUGCUGAUAUUGUUUGGGAUCUAGAAUACCGUUCAUCCACUAAAAUGACACAGGCGUAAUCAUUUGCAUGUCUAACGGCUCUGCCUAAAAUUUAUUAUAUUUUUUUUUUAUUGAAAUCAACACGAUAAAUCAUUCUUAAAAUAUACACUUAUCAUUACCAAUGCACUGAUUCACUGCUUUCAUACAAAGGUUUUCAUAAUAUAUGCUUCCUGAACCAGGAGUAGAUUUAUUCAAAUACUUCAUCUUCUCUUGAAGCUCCAAGGAUUUUAUAUUUGGAUACGGCAUUCCAAUUACCAACACACAUCGACCUAAUUCAUCGCUGACAACAUAAAAAAAUACACCAUUUAGAUACAAAAAUAAAAAAAAAGUAU